AUGCGCGUCCUUUGUUUACAUGGCAUGGGCACCAAUGCGGGUAUCUUCGAAGCUCAGACAGAGAUCUUUCGAAGCUUGCUGCCGGAGGACCUCGAGUACGACUUCUUCGACGCGGACCACGAGAUUGGGGCUGCGGACGGGGUUGAGGGCAUCUUCCCGGGACCCUAUACUUGCUGGUAUCCGGUGCCGACGCAGACAAACGUGAAGGAUGCGCACCAGGUUGUGUGGGACUUGAUCGAAGAAGAGGGGCCGUUCGAUAUCGUCAUGGGGUUUAGCCAGGGUGCGGCGCUGGCCGCUUCGGUCCUGCUUCAUCAUCAAAUUGAGCAUCCCCUCACUUCGGCACCAUUCAAGCUUGCGAUAUUUAUCUGCGGCUCCCUGCCUUACUGCGUGGACAGCCAGCGCGGAGUGGACGUUGCACGACUCUUUGCCGAACCCUCCACGACCGGCUUCGGUCCUCCACGUUACAUCACGUACAAGCCUUCCACUGACGAUGGCAGCUCAACAGCACAUCCACUGUACGAGAUCCCGAAAGACGUCGGACAGGGCCGGCUUCGACAGUUGGAACGCCGAUUCAACAUGGCUUCUAUUGCAAGCGAUGAGUGGGACCAGAUACCGGUCGAGCCGGGCCUUACCCCAGACAUGUCCGAGUCAAGCUCCGACUCGGACAGCGAUGCUGAGACAGUCUCACCAGUCUUCUCGCGAACUGCAACCGAUAGCACCACUCCGUCCACGGCCAAUACUAGUGGAGAUGAGGGUGAUGACUUCCCCUGGAAGUCAGCCAAGACGGCAGCAGAGUCCAUCGACCAUGUCAUCAGACGGUAUCAUGCAGAUGUCGACGCGUUGAAGAUUGAGAUUCCGACGGCGCACAUAUAUGGUAGCAAAGACCCGUAUCACCGUCAGAGCCUUGAACUCGAGCGACUGUGUGAUCCGCGCUGGGCAUCGUCGUAUGAGCACCCAGAGGGUCACGUUGUGCCAAGGAGGUCGGCCAUCAACCAGGACAUUGCAGGGACUAUCGGAAAGGCGCUGGCAGCGGUAGAUAUUUGUGCGAGAUAG